AACAACAGUAGCUAUUCUCUCUUCAUCAGUGAAGCAUCGUUUUAAUAAUUUUUAAUUAUUUUUUGUGCUUUUUUUUUGUGCAAUUAUUAAUUGUUGGCUAAUAAUGGGAAAGAAUCCUUCUGUUGCCAUAUUGGCCAUGGGAUUGGCUUUCUGUGCUUUUUGUCACUUUUUCGUCACCUGCAAUGCAGACGAUGCUAGUGACUUGAGAAAAGGAAUAGAAAGCUUGUCGAAAGUCAUGGUGAAGUACCGAGCCGAAUUAGACAACAAGGUGAAGUUUGUGAAGCUGCAGGAGGCCAUCGAUGCUAUUGAUGAGGCCAUGCUGGGCUACCAGGGAAAGGCCAAGGACAAGCUGCCCCGGGUUCGCAACCUGAACUCCGACGCCCGACUCACCUACGAGAACUGCGUGGCUCCUGUCUUCGAGUGGUGCAUCUCCAUCAACAGCACCAUCGACGUCUUCAUCCCCCACAUCAACGACAUAAACUUGUCGAAAAGCGAUAAGGAUAUGAUCUGGAACAUUACAGUGAAUGCCUUGAAUAAGGGCCUCGCAAAAACCACCAAAUCUCUAGAGCUCCUCACCAAUGUCCAAUACAAAACCGCUGAGCUCAAGAAUCUGUUCCAAUCCAUAUUGCAUGACGUCCACGAUGAUUUCGGUUAUAAUGGAUAUUAUGGCCAAGCGAAGGCGGAUCUGGAGGCGAAGAUAGCCGACAAUGAGGUGGCACGGAAGACUGGAAUCGCGGCUUUCGUUGGCAUUUUGUUUGGUGUGAUCGGUGCCCUGAUUUUUGGACCGAUUGGUGCUGCAGCGGGCUUUGCAGCCGCCUUUGCGGCAACGUAUGGUAUCCAGGAGUUGGUCCAUUGGAAUCAAAAGAAAACCUACAAGGAGCAAGUAGAGGCUAUUGACAACUUCUUCACGCUUCUGACUAAAAAGAUCGAGGAAGCCACCGAGAUAGUGAAAGGCAUCGAGGUUGCCCUGGAGGAGGACAAAACCAAUCUUCACAAGCUCCGCGGAGUAAUUGAAGGCGCCAAUAUUAACAAAGACCUAUUGUUGUCGGAAGCUGCGUUCCUGCGAGCCAUGUACAUUCCAGACAUCCAGAAACUGAAGGAUGAGUGCACCAAUUACGUGAACUGGCACGGAUACGAUGCUCCGUUUUAUCAGAGGAUGAAGACCAGGACCCGUCGGGCAGCGUCCUCAUUCUGCAGAGUCCAACGAUCCGAAGCCAAAGAUAUGUUGGUCGAGUCAGCUUCUUCGAAUUCCACACGCUUUCAGACAAUGAACAGGAUCAUUGAUCAAAUAGAUUGUUAGGAGACUUUUGAGAACAUUUAUUUACAAAUCUCGUAGUGUAAUGAGUUAUCAAGUUACAAGUUUAUUUAAAGUAGUAGACCAAUGUGACGGUCGAAAUUUGGAUGUUUUUUGUAAUUUUUUUCAACAAGAAAAUAAAAUGCCAUCUUUUUUUAACUUUUA